AUGUUGUCUGGUGAUAUGAUCAGUGGCUACAACAAGAACUUUCUGAAUCUAUCCCUAUACCAUGAGGUGUGGCAUAUGCUCACAUCUCCAAUGAUUGAAAGGAAUAUACCAUGGUCAAUCACCUUUGGAAAUCACGACGCAGAGGGAUUGUACUCUGGCAGCAUGUUGGUCGACUUGGAUAGACAGCAUAGCGCGGAGCUUAGUUUGUCACAGCAUGGAUCGAUCAAUGGAGUUGGCGAAACGAAUUAUAUUCUUCCAAUCUUGUCGUCGAACCCGACCGACCAGGACAAGGUGGCAUCACUCAUUUAUAUAUUCGACAGUGACAAUCCUGGAUGUGGACGAUUAGGUGACUGGGGCUGCAUCAGGCCUCAGCAGGUGGAGUGGUACCAGCAACAGAGUGACCUACAUAAUCGUGUGCCAUCAGUUGCAUUCGUCCAUGUGCCACCGGUUGAAGUGAUCGAUCUUUGGAGCAACUUUGAUGUAUAUGGCGACUUUGGCGAUGCAUCAGUAUGCUGCUACAACACAUCACACUCUCGAUUCAUUGACGCAAUGAUUGAGCGACAGGACAUCAAGGGACUAUACUUUGGCCACGAUCACAAGAAUGACUUUCAUGGCGAUUACCAUGGCAUUGACUUGGGAUAUGGAAGGAAGACUGGCUAUGGCUCCUAUGAUCCAAAGUACACACAAGGUGCAAGGGUAAUACUAUUACAAGAGACACCACAAUUUCAAUUAUCCACAUGGAUACGAAAUGUCUAUGGCAAGGUCGAAGAGCAGAAAUUGCAUCGACCACAACAAGGUCUGAAAUUAUAUUGUUGUGUUGUUGCAGACACUGAUAACAAGUAUUCUUGGGUAAUAUUUAUGACAGUACUCCUAACAAUCAUGUUGAGCAUGAUGUUCGUAGUUCCGGUGUUUUGGAUACCCCUGAGUCCCGAAUAG